ACAUUUCAGAUCUCAAACUGGAAUUUCCACAGCUUGCUACUAAUAAAACCUGCACUGUUUCAGGACAGAAUAUAAGGCGAGUCAGAUCAGAGGAGUCCUCACCAAGAAGAUACUCUACGUUCGAUCUGUUAAGACUCUUACCUCUGCAGGAACAGCAAAACAUCUUCAGACAUGAAGUUGUUUCUUGCAGCAAUUGUGCUGUUUCUAAUCGUGGAAACCAAUGCACAGUGGUACAAGUUUCCUGGUCAAGCUGUUCAAGGAAGUCGUGAUAUGUUGCGAGCAUACAGGGACAUGAGGGAGGCCAACUGGAAAAAUUCAGACAAGUACUUCCAUGCCAGAGGAAACUAUGAUGCUGCCCAGAGAGGACCAGGGGGCAGGUGGGCUGCUACAGUUAUCAGUAAUGGCAGAGCAGCAUACCAUAUGGUAAAGGAUCGUGAUCGUGCUGAAAUCGCAAGAGAUCAGGAGGCAAACCGGUGGGGGCGCAACGGAGGAGAUCCCAACCGCUACAGGCCACGAGGACUUCCUUCAAGAUACUACGUCACCAGAAAAGCAGCCCCACACCAUCACACCUCCUCCUCAGUGCUUCAAGAGAUGGAUUGGACUCUCAGUGGCAGUGCUGGACCCUGCGUCACAUCUGAGGCUGAAGCUCUUCAGAGGGAGUCUUCCUUCAUCUCAACAUCUUCAGACAUGAAGUUGUUUCUUGCAGCAAUUGUGCUGUUUCUAAUCGUGGAAACCAAUGCACAGUGGUACAAGUUUCCUGGUCAAGCUGUUCAAGGAAGUCGUGAUAUGUUGCAAGCAUACUGGAACAUGAGGGAGGCCAACUGGAAAAAUUCAGACAAGUACUUCCAUGCCAAAGGAAACUCUGAUGCUGCCCAGAGAGGACCAGGGGGCAAGUGGGCUGCUACAGUUAUCAGUAAUGGCAGAGCAGCAUACCAUAUGGUAAAGGAUCGUGAUCGUGCUGAAAUCGCAAGAGAUCAGGAGGCAAACCGGUGGGGGCGCAACGGAGGAGAUCCCAACCGCUACAGGCCACCAGGACUUCCUUCAAGAUACUAGUACGAAGGCCAGUCUUGUGUUGGAGUUACUGACCAUACAGUCUGAGGAAAAUUCCUCUUAUAAUCAUGUUUUUUUUUUUUUCAGUAUAAUCAUGCUUUUGCUAGAAUAUCUGUGUCUGUUAUAGCCACCAAUAUAUUUCUGUUGAAGUUUUUUGGAAAGUAAGUACAUGAAAAAGACUUUUGCUUUUCCUGCCACUCAAUGUAAAAAAACUCAAUAAAGUGAUUUCAUGACGCUGA